AGCUGCCCACGCAGCAGUCAAAUGCAUCAAAGAUGGCCCAGACAGAGAGCAAAAUACGAAGUAAGCUACUGGCACUGCUUGUGCAAAAUAUGCAACGUCUGCAAAGGUGAUUGCCACCUGUUCCUCGCCCUCAACAAAGAACUUCUGCCAAGAUACUCUAGCAGGCACCGUCAAAUACACACGCUCACCGCACAAAUACAGCCUCUCUGCUUGAGAAAGACCUUCCAGGGAUAGAUAAUUUUCUGAGUCACCCAAGUGAGAGACAUCUAGCGCUACAGUUGUUAUGUUGAGGAACCUGGCAAAGAUUGCAGGAAAUUGGCCGAGAACAAGCCGGGAGUGGUCUGUGUAGUCGAAAGUGCGUACUUUGACAAGUGCAGCAUCCCACUGGGCAUCUGACAAGACUGCAUCAUUGAUGUCGAAGAGAUGCAGACUGCAAUUGUGGGGCAGAGUGAUACCAGCUGGCCGGACACGUGUCAGCGUGAGUGUGUGCAGGCAGGGCAUGUUCUCUAGGUCCAGUGCCGGUGCCUCUAACGCAUUUUCUGAGAGUGUCAAUGAAAGGGUCUCCAGAGCCUCUGCAUUUGGCAGGUGAGCAAACACAUCACCUGUGUCUUGUUCAAAAGCCAGGACAAGGUGCUUCAACUGGGACAGUGGCGGAACCCAUGUGACCUUCUCAAAGUUGGCACUGAACACUCGAAGCUUUGGAGCUUUCGCCAGCAGCCAAUAGAGAGACAUCAUAUGCGCCAUUGCCUCUUUUUCUGUCCCAUCUUGAUGGUCCCCUGUGACCUCCAGUUGCUGGAUGCUGCUCAUCUUGUUCAGGCCCUGCUUCAUGGCAAACGCCAGCCCUCUCCAGUCCUCUGCUCGCAGCCGCAGUGCAUGUGCACAACUCAGCCUCUUGCUGACCCACGCCACCCCUGCUGGUGGAAGCGCUGAGGGAAUAUCCAAGGUGCGCAGCUGCAGUCUGAACGCCGUGGAGCAGGCACCUGACGCCAUGGCCCACUCUGUGAUCGACAAGUGGCUGGCGAUCUGCAGCCAUACCGACUCGGGGACGCAAUCCAUUUGCUUCGCAGCAGAUAUUCUGUGACGUCUGGGAGGCAUCCUGUCCUACAGCUCGAGGUGUGCAGAAAGUGCUCGAAGGGAAUGGGAGAUCAGGCUUCAGCCCUGCCCUAAGGUGUAUGGAGCUAGGCUAGUGGCCAAAGCUGCAUAUACCGUCUUGGACAAUGUAUUUAAUGCUGCG